GUUUUUUCGUGAUCCUAUCCUGUUAAAUUGCCCGUAUGACUCGAACACAAAUUGCCACGCCCCGCUGUGGAACCAUUUCCAAAUUGGUGGUCAGCAUCGGUAGCGGCGAAACCUUUAUUACUUAUGCAGAUGCCUCAACCCGAUCCUUCUACGCGAAUCCCUCCUGGUUGAUCCUCCAAAAUGGAAUGGUGGACCUAGGCCCCAUAAGGGAACCCAUAACUAGUGAUUACCCAAAGAUGGCGACUGCCUUCCUGGAGCGACAUUUCGGAGGGAACUCCCAAGUGAGGACUUCAAAAGUAACUCAACAGCGUCUUGCGUCGAUGCAAUUGCAUGUUUUGGCUGACAAUAGUGAAGUGGAUUGUCACAACGAAGAUGCUCUUAUUUGGCACACCUGGCUGGUGGAAAAGGUUAAGUUUCCGCCAACUCAGUGUGCGGUCAUCAGCGAAUGGAAUGAUCCCUUCACCGAAACGCUGACGAGUUCCUAUUGCUCCUGGCACUUAAAAAACUGCAUGGCCUGGCAGCUUAUUGUAAGCAAUAAAUCAACUGAUGCGAAAUGCUUCUGUCUGCGAAUCAAGAAAAUCAUGGAUUAUGCCAACUGUCUGUUUGACCCGGAACUGAAGCAGAACGAUUCAGGGAUGGAUAGUUCUUCUUUGGUUCCCGCGUUGACUAGUGCCACUGAUCUGCUACAGAAACUGAACGAUCUUCUCGAGCUCCAGGAAAAACGCAACCGACUCUACAAAUGCCUGGCUAAAAUAUAAAAAGACCGCGAUUGGAGUGCUGACCCCUUGAUGUCUGCAUAGAUUUGAUUUAUUUUAUUAAAACUUUCUGUCGUAUUUUCGUAGUA